GAAUAGUUUUAUACUUUGCUUACGCGUACUAAAUACGUAUUUACGCAUUAAAUGUACUGUACACCUAGGCGAAAAAUUGUAGCAAAGUUGAAUUAAAAAAUUUCUUCUAUUUGUGAAAUCGCACCCUACAAAAUUUCUUUCUCCUUUUCGACAGUGGUCAAAGCCAAACAAAACUACAACGACAGUACCGUAGUGUACAAUUCAUACAAUGUAUUCGUAUCUAUGGGCUGUGGCCGUGCAAUAUAGUCUGGUGUAUGAUUGAAAUGACGAUGUAUAUACUUCCCACAGAUCCCACAAAGGGAUGUGAAUUCUGACGGGAUUUAUUGAUUUCCGUAGGAGGGUUCGCAUGACGGUUAUCUUAGAUGUCUAUAUUAUAGCAUCAAAACAUGACGGUUCACCAUGCACCGAACUUUGUUCGAGCUUUCCGUGCCAAAAAAUUAGUAUGCAUGCAUGCACCACAUUUCUUUUCGGAAUCUCUUUUUUGUCUCACUUAAAAUUACAAGCCUUUUUUAUUGCCGUUUUUAUAUUAAGUGCAUAAUAUUUCUCCAUAUGUGUGUAAAAAAAUAAUUGUUCAUGUGUCAACCAAACUCGUCUCACAUUUUACGUGAUUGCACAACACCUUCUUAUACUGAAGGAACGAUAUUUGUUGCAUCAGUAUAAGAGAAUGUAAUUACCUUCGUUUGUUCCCAUUCCUGCAGUAUCCUGCAUCGUGUAGACUUGCAAUGUAGUGCGCGGCAUCUCGAACAUGGAUUACAACUACAGUUAUUUUGCCCUUCUUCCUAAUCAGCCAACCGAGUCACCGUCGGCGGAUGAAUUAGCCAAACUCGCGCGACUUCCCCGGCGCAAACCAAAAGAACCAGAUGGAUUUUGCAACCGGAAGCUGGGCUAUGGCGUGAUACUGGUGGUGGUGGUUUCCAUUACAUGGGUGUCCGCAACGCAGUUUACCCGAGCCACCUUAACAUCGACGGGACACUUCUUCGCGCCCUUCUUCCUCAUUUGGUUCAACACCAGCUGGAUGAUACUGUGUUAUCCCAUGUACUACGCGGUUAACUGGAUUAACUGCAAAUGCCAAAACCGUGAUUACCGGCCAAGCAUAAAUGCGGCUUGGAAAAUAUUUGGAGCGGAAUCGUUUAGCGGCUGGACCGCAGCGUUCAGAUGUGGAUGUUUCGCUAUAAUCUGGGCGGCGACGAAUUAUAUGUAUUCAUACGCACUUAGUAUUUUGGCGGCUUCCGAUGUGUCAGCAUUGUUUUCUUCCAAUACGGCAUUUGUUUUUUUCUUCUCCUGGACAAUUCUGCACGAACGUUUCGAAGGCACAAAGCUAUUUGCGUCCAUUUUUUCCCUGGCGGGCAUUAUAAUAAUGAGCUACGUUGACGGCUUCCUGUGGGAUAAUCCGGCACUGUCUGGAAUAUUACUGGCCGUAGGCUCGGCGGUUGGAUCAGCAAUGUAUAAGGUUCUUUUUAAGCGUUUGAUUGGUGAUGCGAAUUACGGCCAAGUAUCGUUAUUGCUUACCGGAUUAGGAAUUUUCAAUCUGAUUCUCUUCUGGCCAAUCACGUUGACUCUUCAGUUAACCGGCGUAGAAAAAUGGAAUUUCAGUACUAUACCGUGGAUGUACGUUGGAGGAAGUGCGGCUCUGGGAUUCCUUUUCAACGCUCUGGUCAAUUAUGGGAUCGCUCUUACACAUCCUUUAUUCAUAACACUCGGCGUCGCUCUCGGCUUACCGUUAAAUGCCGUUGUGGACCACUUCUUCAACAAAGUAGAAUUUCGUGCCAUAGAAAUUACCGGAUUCGUGCUUAUUACCAUUGGCUUUUUCAUGACUUUACUUCCCAUCAACUGGACACAAAGUGUUCGCAAACGUUUGCCCUGCAAAAGGUUGAGAAAAGAUCCCGACGAGGAAGCCUUAAAGAAUCAUUACGUCCAUACUCCCAGAGAUCUCUUGCGAAUGUCCAUGGCUGCUGCUAAGAAAAAACAGCAGACAUAAAACGUUUCCUAAAAUAUGGUACACAAUAUGCUACUUUAGCUUUUCGGAUACAAUUCCUUAUUUGAACUUUAGUUCUGCAUGCCGGCUAAAAGUACGCUGCGAGUAUUGAAGCACGUCUUUCUCGCAGUAAUUUCAUUCGCAUUCGCUGUGUAUAAAAAUAAAAAUCCUAUAGGAUUGUUGUAAGCUAUUUUCCCGAAUUUUCUCAACAUUAAGAGAUAC